AUGCGCUCUCAGGGACCGCCGUCAUGUGAACCAGGAUUCCUCCAACUUCCGCGAAGGGCCCGGUAUCGAAUUUACCGGCAUGUGCAGGUAACGAAGUCGAAAUGGCGGCUGCCGUUUGUGUACGACUUUAACCUCUGGAGAAGUCACGCAAAAUUUCCCGACCGUUGGAAUCGCCGGAUCCCUCACCCAGCGCGCGAGUUCGGGGGCCUGCUGCGAUCUUGCCGCGCCAUUUAUACCGAGGUCACAACGUUGUUCUACUCCACCCACCGCUUCGUCAUUCAUUAUUCCCAGCCCGGCUCUUUCCGGCCUCUUCUAGCUCUCUCGCCUGCGAUAAUAUCCUCCCUCACCAAACUCGACAUUGUUCUGAACCAAUCCUCUUGCCAUCAAUUCGUUAACUCGGAGUGCUACCCUCCAGAGUGCUGCUAUGAGGUAGGGCUCGGAGGUGGCGUGAGACUCUCUCAAGGCGUUCUGGGUAAAAAUGUUUACAUUUGCCAACUGUACCCUAAACAUCACCCUCACCAGCCUUCUUUACUUGGCGCUUCAUCCGAUGACUACGCCGAUACACUACUCAAGGAGUGGGAGGAGGUUGCAGCCCACCUCGCGCCUCACAUCACACAUAACAACCUGUGCCUCUCAGUUGUCUGCGACCUUGAUCCGGCUCAUGAGAACGCCUUAAAAGUUGCAAAGCAAAUUGCUGCUCCAUUGGCCGUGUUUCCCCAACUUAAGGACUGUCACAUCCGGUUCUCUAAGCUAUGGGACCGUCAACUACAAAGCUUAGCCUGCGACACGGUUCAUAAAGCCCGUGCCCAUACGUUACCUCUUUCCUCUGCCCAGAGUACAAAGAGGACUGGUCUCGCAUGCCUACCACCCGAGCUUCGGAUCCGCAUCCUUGAAUACACCGACUUGAUACCGCCUUGGAAAGAGGUCUCAUGGAGCCGUCAAGACCAAAAAUAUCUCUUAAAUCAUCCGAUCUGCGACCUUGACGGCCGCAGGGACCUUUCGCCUAAUGGGGCUUGCCCGCCGGAUGUUCACCACGGCUGCUUACUCCACCAGUGCCACGGCGGAGCCGCCAUGUUCCAACCAGAUUACGACACCCACCCAGGCUGCUUCUGCCGUCGCCGCCAUGGCGCCUUUUCAUCGCGCUGCAGAUGUUGGACCCCACCCACAUACCUGUUUCUCAUAUGCCGCGAUCUGUGUCGUGAUGCCCAAUACGUCUUCUUUUCGAGAAAUCGCUUCAUCGUCCACGACUUCCACGCCACACCACCAGAUGAGAUACCACCGGUACAACAUGAACCCCCACCCGCGGACAACUCCAGCAGCCUGCAAAAAUACUAUCCAUUUGACCGCCUAGCUGCCGCAGAAUUCCUCGACGUUGUCCCCGACCACUGUCUUGGCCACCUGCGUUUCCUCGAACUCGUGUUUCCGCCUUAUGCCCCGCAUGGCUGGCCGAGAACUAACCAUCCUGCGCUUACCGACUGGGCCCUCACGACCAAGAAACUACGUCACGCGCUAGAGGCCUCUCGCAAUAGCCUGCAACAGUCCCCGGUCCUAAAGAUUCGUUUUAUCGUAGCCGGGGUAUGA